AUGUCUAGCUCCUCAAACAACAACAUUUCACUACCAUUUUCCAUCGUUGAUGAGCUGGCACCUGUAGAUUUUGGCAUAGGCUUUAACAACACUGGGCAAGACCAGCCAGUGGCCGCUUAUCCAAACCCUAGCGCACUAGAAAGCUCUAAUGCUCAAAUUAAUGAGAAGUUGCACAAGCUACUCUUCAAAAGCCUGAAAAAAAGUGUUGCUGAUUCUACGUCUGAAUUAAAAUCCCAGUCUAUUGAGCCACCAAAACCUACUCGAAGGCCAAUCAUACUCACAGAUGCGCCGGCUUCAAUAGCCAUCUUAUUUCAAGUUACAGGAAGCAACUCAGGCUGGUCAAUUACAAGAUCACAGUACUCACAAAGUUUGCUUUUUUAUUUCGAGUUACAGGAAGCAACUAGAAGAUCACGAGGGCCCACCGCUCCGGCUGGUCAAUUAACUGGAGUGCGUUUCAAACUGCCGGAAGCUUUUGAUGGGGAUGGUCUUGACGUUGAGAAGGUAUAUACAGCUUUAAUCUACGUGUGA